AUGGGUAGCUUCGAGUACGAUUCAUCUGACAUCCCCGACUCUGUGAGAAGCUACCUUCGGGGCUUCCAGAAGGCUGUUGAUCAACAAAAUGUUGAUGAAAUCCUCCAGAACUACGAAACCGAUUGGAACAAGAUCAACGAGCGCUACUACAAGACCACAGCUUGGCCACAUUGGAAAGCAGUUGAAGAGCUUCUCGGUCCCGACGAAGUCUUCAUUCUCCUCUACAAAGAGCUCUAUUUCCGCCACGUUUACAUGCUCCAAAACGGGCCAAGCCACCAAGAUCGAACUGAUUCUUUCAAUAACUACUGCGAGAUUUUCAACUACAUCCUCCAUCCAGAAGACAACCAGCCUGUGCAAUUGGAACUCCCAAAUCAGUGGCUCUGGGACAUCAUCGACGAGUUCAUCUACCAAUUCCAGAACUACUCUCAAUACCGAUCCAAACUCCAGUCCAAGAGCCAGGAAGAAAUCACUGCUAUCUCGGACGCUCUUGAUGAAAACGUUUGGGGAGUUCACUCCGUUCUCAAUGUUCUUCAAACUCUUGUCAGUACUUCUCGAAUCAACCAGCAGUUGAGCGCCUACAACGAGAAGAAAUCAAUGGAUGAGGUUCACGAUAUCGGUGGUAUUUUUGGUCAAACGCAGCUUUACAAAAUGCUCGGCUAUUUCUCCCUCAUUGGGCUCCUUCGACUUCAGUGCCAGCUUGGCGAUUAUCACCAGGCCAUGAAAGCGAUUGAAAAUGUCUCGCUGCGAAUGAAGACUACCGCUGCUUCUGACGCUGCUGAUUGCCUCAUUACUACUUAUUAUUACGAAGCCUGGUGCAAGAUCAUGACCCGAAAGUACCAAGACGCUAUUGAUGCUCUCCAGGAGGUUCUUCUUUACAUUGAGCGAGGACGAAAAACGAUCUUGAACAAGGAAUCACAGUACAAAAACGAUAUGCUUAACAAGAUGCAAGACAAAAUGUUCAACAUGCUCGCCAUGUGUAUCGUACUCUACCCCUGCCGAAUCGACGAAUCGCUCGAGCAAAGCAUGAAAGAAAAGGUCACCUUUGACAAACUCAACAGAAUGCAAGACGGUGAUGUCAAGAUCUUUGAGGAAAUUUUCAAUUUCUGUUCGCCAAAAUUCGUGAGUCCGACUCCACCAGCGAUCGUCCCGCCAUUCACCAAUACUCAUCUUGAGCCAACUGUUAGACAGUGGAAGGUCUUGGAAGACGAGCUCGAAGUUCAAUCAAAAAUUCCUGGCACUAGAAGAUAUCUCAAGCUUUACACAACCAUGCCUCUUUCCAAGCUCGCUGGUUUCCUCGACGUUACUGAGCCCGAAUUGGUAUCACUGUUGAUGACGGCCAAGUACAAGCUCAAGAACGCCUCUUCGCAGUCUGAAACCGCCGAUGACUUCCUCCACCCCGAAGUCGACUUUUUCAUUGAUGACAAGAUGGUGCACAUUGCUGAUACUCGAGUCGGAUCUCGAUACGGUGAACAGUUCAUCCGAAAAAUCAACAAAUUCAUCGAAAUGGAAAAAGUCAUCACGAGCCAGUAA